CGUAUUAGAGAAGAGACCUUAUCAGAGCUGCAGCCACACGGAGCCAGAGCAGAACAGAGGAGCGACACCGAGCAUCCUGAGCGUCUUGGAUUAAAUAAUCAUUUAAAAUAAAAACACCUCGAGUUCAUCUGAAACCGGGUGUGUUUUUAAGAUGAGGAUAUCCUGAAGAUGGGUUUAACACGUUUGGAGAAAUAAAAGUCUGAAUCAUCACCAGGAGGGGGGCUUUUAGUUCAUAAUUUACCAGCAGCUGGAGUAAAACAUCCGACUAAAGGAGGCGUACAGAAGAUUAGGAGGGAUGUCGUCUGAAAAACACGGGCUCGAUGACUCUGGGCGUCAGACCAUGCAGCCGCCCCCGUACCUCCAAGGCCCUCAGGACCCCAACAUGCAGCAGCAUCCCAACAUGGCUGCCAUGCCGGGCGCCCAGCCCAGUUAUCCUGCUCCACCUCCUCCUCCGGGCUCUGAGGGAUACCUCCAAGAAACUCAGUUCCACUGUGGCCCAUAUGGGCCUCCCGGGGCCACACAGGGGUUCACGGUCCAGACCCAAGGCCAUGGAGGUACCAUGCCACAUCCCCCUGUGGGAUACAUCCACCCGGGCUACCCGCUGCAGCUGCAACCCUGCACGGCUUAUGUACCUGUCUAUCCCAUGACUUCAGGCCAGCCCUACAUGCCAGCAGGAGGAACACACCCAGGGAUCCCCCCGGGCCAGAUGCAGAUGCCCCCCAGCAUCACCUUGAUGGACCGCCGGCCGCCUCAUGACUACCUGCCCAUUGCUGUGCUCACCACCGUAUGCUGCUUCUGGCCUACAGGCAUCAUUGCAAUCAUCAAGGCAGUGAAGGUGCGCAUGGCGAUAGCACGAGGGGACAUGGUCACCGCGGAAAUAGCCUCCCGCGAGGCUCGCAACUUCUCCUUCAUCAGCUUGGCCGUGGGCAUUGCCUCCCUUGUGCUGUGCACCAUCCUCACUGUGGUAGUCAUCAUAGCCUCGCAGCACCACGACGACGACUGGGACCCCUAACUGGUCCUGCUCCCUGAUAGGAAACCACAGCGUCUAAAUAUUAUCUAGCUAAUUACUCUCAAUCGUUUGGUGAAGGGGGAACAGGAAAACGCACCAUUUCUGCUUGGCUCUUUCUGUACAGCUACCCACACAGUUUAAAGGCCUAACCUGCUUCUAUCAAACACCCACCAAUGACCAAAAAUAGCAAGCGGUUGUUAAAUAGGUCCUGAGUGACCACUUAAUUUUUGCUUUCAUAUUAAAAGUGUGAGCUGCCGGAUGGAGACAAGCCUUCUUGUAUUAACAAUUUAUUUGUCUGCUGGUAAUUGAUGCAGCCUUCAUUGAUGCAUUUGGGUAAAAGAAAAUCACUGUGUAUUUCAUAUGUCUACAACUGACCCUCCACGUUCAUUUAUUAGCAUAGACUAAUGCACAUUUAGUCCUGCAGAGUGCAUAAUACUUCUGAUUUGUUUUCGGAACAUAAUGUGCUCUUCUAGAAAUAGUUUUCAUUUGUUGAGCGGUUUUCUGCUGCAUAAGGCACUAAUUUGUGAAGACAGUUUGCAUUUAUACGAACAGAUAGCCAGCUAACAUUUACACAUGGGACCCUUUCGGGUAAGAAAUGUGUUCAAUAAUAGGUUCAGAAGGGGUGUCCUUAGGGUAUAUAAUUUGCCCCACCUUAACUGCCUAAAUAGGUUUGAUGCAGUUCAACUCUGGGUAAUAAUCAGGACCCAUACAAGUCUUAGAUGUGUUCAACAAUUUGAAUAUAUUUUCAAGAAACCCAUUUGUGUCCAAGCUAAGACCUACAAUUGAUUUUGCCAACAGAGAUUAAAUUUAUUUAACCCAAGUGGGUCCCUUGGGAGAAGCCCACAGUGAGGCCCAGCACUAACUUGAGCAAAACACAUAUGGGGCCCAACACAGUGCCACCAGAAGGUAUUUACUCCCCAUACCUUUUCUAUGUAUUUUUUGCCAAUUUGAGUAUAGUUUCUUUUUUUAUCCACACCAAAUGUCUAUAAUAACAAAGUGAAAACAUGUUUUCAGAUAUGUCCGUGAAUUUAUAAAGAAAAUUAAAUAUUAAAUAUUAAACAAGGUAACAGGGACAUACCAUACAUAUUCAGAUCCAUAGCUUAAUUUUCUGUUGAAGGACUUUGGGCAGUAAUCACACUUUGAGUCUUUUUGACUUGAGUGUUUUGACUUCUUUACAAGCUUGGUACACCUGUUAUUAGGUGUUUUCUACUAUUCUUCUCUGCAGAUCCUCUCGGGCUCAGUGGGUUUGGAUGGACAGCACAAAUAGAAAGUCAGUUUUAGGUCUUUCCAGAGAUGUUCAAUUGGAUUUAAGUUUGGCUCUGGUUUGACCAGUCAAGGACAUUCAAAGACUGCUCCCGAAGCCACUCUUAUGAUAUCUUGGCUAUGUGCUUUGGAUCAUUGUUGUGUGGAGUAUGAAUUGUCACCCUAAUCUGAUGUCCACGGCACUGUUGCAAAAAAACAAGCCCACACCAUGAUGCUGCCACCACCAUGCUUGGUAGUUGGGAUGGUAUCAGCCAGGCGAUGAGCAUUGUCUAUUUUUCUCCAGAUAUGAUGCUUAGAGCUCAAGCCAAAAAGUUCUGUUUUGGUUUCAUCAGACCAGAGAAUUUUGUUUUUCUUGGUCUGACAGUCUCUAUGAUGCAUUAUGGCGAAAUUCAAGCCUGCUGCCAUGUGAUUUUAAAAAAGGAGUGGUUCCUGUCUCACCAGUUUACCAUAAAGGCCUAAUGGACAGCUAUGGGUAGCCUUCUGGAUAGUCCUAUCUCCACAAGGGAACACUGGAGCUCUCCCUAAGUGAUCAUUCAGUGUUUACCUCUUGCAACAAUUACUCAGUUUGGCCAAGAGAUCAAAUCUCAAGAUGCUCCGAACAUCUUUGAUUUCUGAGUAAUGGAGACCUCAGUGCUUUUUGAGUCGUUUAAUGCAAUUUUUUUGUCUGCUUCGCCUUAUUUGCUCUGUUCCACAGCCUGGUCUCAGGCAGCGGCUUUGCUUUAAUUGUUUAGUUUUGUUUCUUGUAUAGACAAGUGCGCUCCAUACAUCAUGUUUAAGUCAAAUCAGUUUGUAGAAUGUUCUCAAGGAUGGUCAGUGAAAAUUAGAUACAUCUGAGCUCAAUUUUAAGUGUCAUAGCAAAGGACAUUGUUCUAUAAAUUCACAAAAAUGUCUGAAUACAUUUUCUCCUUGUCAUUAUUAUCUUUUUUUGUGUUGAUUUUUAAAAAGUAAACUGUACUCAGUUUGGUUUUAGAGUAAAUCUGUAACGUAACAAAAUAAGGAGAAAAUAAGAGGCUGGGAAUACUUUCUAAUGGUUCUGUACACUUUCUGGCUGGGUUGUGUGAAGUGAGCGUCUGUCAGCAAACGUUGCAUUAAUUUUCUUGUUAAAUGCCAGAUGAGAUAACACUAUUCUAAAUGACAAUACCAUUCUAAAUGACCAUUUUCUGUUUUAUUUAUAUGCUGUUAUUUAUUUUCUGAUUUAUUUAAUCCUGACCCUUGCGUCGACUUUGUCUGCUGUAAUUCAUAGUGGGUUGUUGCAGCUAUCUGAUAUCCUGAAUUGGCUUAACGUUAGUAUCUUGUGGUGAUGAUGAUGAUGAUGAUAUUGCACUUUGUAGUAACCAGAUAAAAUGACACAGCUUUUUACAUUUAUAGAUCUUAUAGUGCAUGAUGAAUAUAAAUCUAGGCUAAUGGGCUUUUAGUGCAAAAGUAGCUGUGCUCCCAGCUUCUGAUGGGAACAUUUCCUAAAAUAUUCAAUGGGUUUGUGAUGCAGUAUUUUCCAAAGUGGUAAACAAACUACUCUCAAAACAAGAGACGAAGAUAAGAAGACUAUACACACUAGAUCUGCAGAUAUUCUUUUUGCAAGUAUUUGAAACAACUAUUAGUCUUUUUCUGUGGCAGAUAUGAUGCUAUUUACCCUUUAAGACUCUGUUCUCAGUGCAACAGUAGAUAUAUGAGGUAACAUAACCCUGCAUGACGUCCUCAGUUUGUUUCCAUUUGUCCUAAGUAUUAAGGAUAGAUGCGUACGUCAGGUUCCUAUAAUGUAGCUCCAAACAGAAGCUGUGCUGUUGUUUCUGAGGGGUAAUGUGGCUAUGAAGCUGCAGUAUGAACUUUUAUCUGAGGUUUCAGGGGGUUAUGAAAUGAAUGUUUCCAGUAAAAGACAGAAAAUAUUAAUGCCUACGUUGUGUUGUAGCACUUUCUGCUCUAUGAAAACAAUAUCCCUCCCUGUGAGUCCAUAUUUAAUGAUAAAUGGACCUACUACAUAUCUCUUCUGCUCCACAUGUUUCUCUGCGUCUCCCUUUGAUGAUGAUUCUUUAGAAAAUAAUAUACAGAGUAAUUAAAAUUUACAGACAGUAUUUAAAAAAAGAUAUAUGCUGUAGUUUGUAACUAAAAGUAUUAUUAAUGCCUAUGUGUUAUUUUCUGUAUAUCUGGGGACAUCUGGGCCUUCAUUUAUUAACCAGAAACAAGGAUUUACCCUGAAGGUAUAGUGUAAUUCUUAAAAAAUCAAAAUAAUAGCUAAAGUGAGUAUAGCUCAAAAUCCUUGCAAUAGCUUUUUUUUCCAUACACACAAAUUUAACUGGAACUGGACACAUUCUAUUUAAAACAAAAAGAAUAAUCAAAUUUGAUCAUACAUUUACAGAAAAUCGGGAAGAACUGCUUUAUAUCUGAGUUACAUGGAGUUGACCAAAAUCUGGUACCUGUGAAUAGGUAUUCCAGCCUGGGAUGAUUGGUCAGCAUUUCACAUUUUCUCUGCAAUUCUUGGUUUUGCCUUAGAAUUUCUUCUGAACGUCUAUAACGAUUGAUUUUUACUCCUAUUUUUUAGAGAGGUACAUACUACAACCAUCAUGUACAUUUACUGCCUUUCUCCUUAAAAAAGCCACGUGCUUGGCCCUUGUUUUUUUCACAGAAUGAAUGACCUAACUGCCUGAACUUCUCACUGCUAUUGAUUUGAACACACGCCCUUCAGUUAAGGAUUCAAUUACACAAAAUCAGCAGAGACCUUAAAGCCUACUUCAUGUUGUCAAACAGGUCCUAUUUCUGUGAUUUCUUGAUUGUACAAGUCAGGCAAUAACCAGGUCUGGGUGUGGCCAGUAAAAAUGAUCCAAACUUUUUUGUUAAUUACAGUUAAUUCAUUAUAUUUUUACUCAUUGCCAGUUAUCAUGAGCCCUUGAUGACAGUUGCUACUGCCAAGGGGGACAAAACCAAGUAUUAGGGGUGAAUUACGUUUUCACAUAGGGCCAUGUUGGUUUGAAAAGGUUUUUCCCCCUAAUAAAUGAAAUCAUGAUUUGAAAACAGUUAAUUUAUUAUUCACUUUGGUUAUAUUUAGUAUUAAAACAUAGGCUAGUUGUGAGAUGAAAGAUUUAAAUGUGAUAAAAGGUCAAAAGCAGAAGACAUCUGUAAAGGUUAGAUAGUUUUUCAGAGCACUAUAGGCUUUCUAUCAGUAUAUGCAUCCUAUGGGUAAGACAGUAGGCGUUUGAGUUAAUUAUCAAUGAGACACAACUUGCCCUGUAUUGUAACCACAAAUCAUGGCGUUGUAUACUGGAGCUAAUGGUUUUAACAUGCUAAUAAACAAAAUGAAUUAAAUGUAGAAAUAAAUUGAAAGUUACCAUCCAUAUGUUUUUACACAGUAAACAUCUCAAUUCAUUAACGUAGAAUUUUCAAUAAAAAAACCCACUUAGAAUAAGAAAUGUUUAAGUUAGAAAAACAAAAAACAAAACUAGUUGGCAACAUUUAACAUUUACUUAAAAUAUCUCUCACCAAAAUUUUCCCUAAGUUUUUUUUUUGGAUGUUACUCUGACUGAAGUGGUCAUUUGUGUGAACUUUUACUUUGUAGAUUAUGCACAAUAAACAUAAGCUCACUGUUGAGUUUGUACAUGUUAGCCUAGCUAAGGUUAGCUCAGGCUGGAAACGGGGCAUAUGGCAAGCCUUACUCUCUCAAACCAUUUUUAACUUGCCUUUUGUCACCUCUUUAGUUGUUUUUAAGCUUUGUAAAUAUUUAUAAUACAGGAUAUACUGUUAUGGUCAGCAUAUUGGAGCUAGCAGGUGUAUUUUACUCAUUUUUGAUCGAAGACUGGCUGGAGCUAAGCUAACUGCAGCAGCUACCUUAGCUUGGCAACAGCAUCACUGCAAGGAAGCCAAAUAAAAAAAAUCUCAGAUUUAUACUGUAUUUAUUAAAGGUAUAGUGAACAGGUGUAAAUUUUUAUCUUUAUUUAUAAUACCCAUUUUCCUUGUUUUUCUGUUUGAUAAAUUCAGGCCCUGCGAUAAUAUACAGACAAAGAUAUUCAGUGUUUCAGCGUAAUUGAGGCACAGUGCUGUUUAGUAUUAUUAUUGUACAGAAGGCUCUGGCAGUGAGUGUGUGUCUGCUCAAUAUAGGGAUUUCUAUUAGGUGGCAUUAAGCUGCAUCUCCCUGUGUGCUUUACAAUAAAUGCAGCUGUUCGCGCUACAGCUCAAAAAUUAUUCAGUUUCUUUCAUUAUCUUAAAUUUUUAAGGGGUUGCUUGUUCAAAGAGCCAAAAACUACCUAUGUAUACGUGGGGGUUUAUCAUUCUCAUGUUUUUGGCUUUGUUGCACAUGCAUUGGUUGUUUCUGAUUUCAGUUGUUUGAGUAAUGAAUAAAAGAAUAUUUCUGGUUUGUUGACGAAA